AAGGUGCUAGAGACCUGGAGGUGAGGGUAUUGGGGUGCCCGAGGUGCUGGGGAGUGGAGGUGAGGGUAUUGGGAUGCCCAGGGUGCUGGGAUCAUGGGGACCUGGAGGUGGGUUAUGCCCAGGGCGAUGGGGGGGAAAUUGGAAGUGGGGUAUUGGGGUGCCCAAGGUACUGGAGACCUGGAGGUGGGGUAUUGGGGUGCCCAGGAUCCUGAAAACCUGGAGGUGGGGGUACCCGGAUGCCCUGUGGUGCUGGGGAAGAGAGGUAGGGGUAUGGAGGUGUCCAGGGUGCUGCAAACCUGGACAUGGGGUAUUGGGGUACCCAGGGUGCUGAGGAGUGUAGGUGGGAGUACUGGGAUGUCCACGGUGCUGGAGGUGGGGACGCAGAUGGGUGGCCAGGUCCCAGGAUGCUGGGGUGUCAGGGGUGCCCCAUCCCUCACCCCACAUGGCUCAGCAGCUCCCCCAUGGCACAGCGCCCACUACCGUCCCCGCGUGCCACCAUGGCCGGGGCGCAGGGCUGCGGCGAGGGGCAGAUCGCGGGGCUGUACGACCUGGGGCGCACACUGGGCACGGGCCACUUCGCAGUGGUGAAGCUGGCGCGGCACGUCUUCACUGGGCAGUGUGUGGCCGUCAAGGUGAUCGAUAAGAGCAAGCUGGCAGGGGGAGCCGCGGGGCAGCUCCUGCAGGAGGUGCGCUGCAUGAAGCUGGUGCAACACCCCAACGUGGUGCGCCUCUACGAGGUCAUCGACACACACGCCAAGCUCUACCUCAUCCUGGAGCUGGGUGAUGGCGGGGACAUGUUCGACCACAUCAUGCGGCACGAGGGCGGGCUGGCCGAGGCGCGAGCCAAGCACUACUUCGCCCAGAUCGUCCAUGCCAUCUCCUACUGCCACAAGCUCCACGUGGCGCACCGCGACCUCAAGCCCGAGAAUGUGGUCUUCUUCCAGGAGCAAGGGGUGGUCAAGCUCACCGACUUCGGCUUCAGCAACCGCUUCCAGCCUGGCAAGAUGCUCACCACGAGCUGUGGCUCGCUGGCCUACUCGGCGCCCGAGAUCCUGCUCGGGGAUGAGUACGAUGCCCCAGCUGUCGACAUCUGGAGCCUGGGGGUCAUCCUCUACAUGCUGGUCUGUGGCCACCCCCCCUUCCAGGAGGCCAAUGACAGUGAGACCCUCACCAUGAUCAUGGACUGCCGAUACACCAUCCCCGCGCACGUCUCAGCUCAAUGCGCUGACCUCAUUUCCAGGAUGCUGCAGCGCGACCCGAAGCGCCGAGCCUCGCUGGAGCAGAUCGAGGGCCACGUGUGGCUGCAGGGGGUGGAUCCGUCCCCCGCCAGCCGCUGCCUGCUGCCCCUCACCUCGCACAAGCAUGUGUCCCAGGAGGAGCAUGAAAUCAUCCUCCGGGCCAUGACGUGCGGGAACAUCGCGGAUCGGGACACCAUCCAGGAGGCGCUGGAAGCCGACCGCUACAACCACAUCACGGCCACGUAUUUCCUGCUGGCGGAGAGGAUGCUGCGGGAGAAGCAGGAGAAGCAGAGCCGCAGCCUCAGCCUCGUCUACAACCUGGCCAAGGAGGUGCAGAGCAGGGCCAACUUAUCAGGCACGUUCAGCCCCCUGGGCAGCGCCAGCAGCCUCCUGCCUUUUGCGGAGGUGCCGAGCAGCCUCACUGCUGGCUCCCGGCUGCCCCCCCUGCCCACCGGAGCCGACAUUGGCAGCCGGCAGCCCCCCAGGACCCUCCUGAAGAUCCCAGUCGUUGACACCACCAUCACCAAGAGCACGCCGGCCCUGCAGCAGAUCUGCGAGGAGGAAGACGAGGAGGAUGAGGAGGACGAGCGGAGGCCCAGCGCCAUGGAGAGGAAGAGCAGCUCGCUGAACCAGGAGCAGAUGCGAGCCUUCCUGCGCACCCACCACCCGCCCAGCCGUGGGGAGCUGUGGGGCCCCGGGGCCGAGCUGGGGGGCUGGGGCUGGGCUGGGAAGGCAGUGAGGGGUGUUCGGGAUCUCCCAGCACUGUGGGGAGAUGGAGCAGAGCCCCCCAAGAGGGAGGAGGGUGCAGGCCCUGGGGGUUCCUCAGCAGAGCCCCCCAGGGAAAUGGGAGCCACCACGUCACCCCGGAGCAGCUCUGCUGAGGUCCCCCAGGGGCUGGGGGCAGACAUGACCCCCACUGACCCCCUGAGCCCCACGGACAAGUCCCGAGGGCAGGAGGCACCCGCCAGCCUGGCCCGGAGGUCGGUGGAGAGCUCGGGACUGGGGAGCACCGAGGGGGGUGUGGAGAACGUGAUCAAGCAGGACCCUGGCAAGAGCAAGGGGGGCAGCCUGCGGGACAGGCUCCUGCAGUUCCCGCUCUGUGAGAAAGCCCUGGCCUUCAAACUGCAGCCGGGCUCCAGGGAGAGCCUCCUUUCGCUGGGGCAGUUCAACUGCUGCCAUGUCAUUUAGACCCCGGGUGAGGGUCUGGGAGGGGACCCCCUCCCCUCCCUGUGCUCUGCCCCUGACCCACAGCCCCGGGGCUGCCAGGGGGCAUGCAGCCCCUGCUGUGUCACCGGCAGUGGCCACCCCAUUAGCACCCACCUGGGAUGCCCAGGAGGGGACUGCUUGUGGGGAGGGUGAGGUGGGCUGGGGUCCCGCAACACAAGCCCUGGGGCAGCUCCGUGGCCCUGCCGGCGUUGGAUGGGACACGCUAUGUUUUUUAACUCCUAGAAAUAACUUUUUUAAAUAGUCUAUUUUAAUGUAACUACAUAGAGAUCGCAAUAUCCCCGCCUGCCCCACAGCAGGGCUGUGUUCUCUUUAGCAGCCGUGGGGCAGCCGCUUCUUUGCCUGCACCCACCCCGCUGUUCACCCGGCCGGGGCCAGGCACAACGCUGCCCAUGGCACAGCCUGACCCGGCAUCUUCCCUUGCAAAUAAGCUUCUAUUUAUUAUCUCUUUGUUUUCUUGCUGGCAAGAACUGAAUGAUGACCGCGGCACGGGCUGGAGCUGGGCAGCGCACGCGUGCGGAAGGGAGUGGAGCCACUGGAAGCAAAGUCCAUCGGGACAAUAAAUAAGCUGCUCUGCUGUGUCUCCCUCUUGCAUCUAUCCUAUUUCCUGGCCUCCCUCCAUGCAUACCCCUAAAAUAACACCCUUACCUGGGACGUCGUGCAACUCGCUGCAGUAGUGUGGCUGGAACAGCAACGGUGCUGUGUGGGAGAUGGCACGGAGCUGGCCCUGGAGAGAUGAUGGAAAAGAAGCAGGAGAAACUGCUGCUUUUGCCCAUGGGCUCCCCAACUUUGCUCCUAAAGGAUAAACCUUUGCCUGAACAGGGGCUUGAACCCUGGACCCUCAGAUUAAAAGUCUGAUGCUCUCCCAACUGAGCUAUCCAGGCUCACAUUUGGGGUUUUGGGGGACGCUCAAGACAUGCAGUGAGGACCCCACUUCACUGUGGCACUGGAGGGCCAAUGUGGGGGCUUGCUUUGGCCUCUUCCACCCCAACAAAGCCACCACAGUGGAGGGCAUCCUCCCAUGAUGAGGAGCAUCACCAGGACCAGGACCUCUACCCUACCCUGGCAGGCACAUACACCAGGUUUGCCCUGCUGGGGACAACCAGAAGCCAGAGUGGCAAAGGAGGAGGAGAAGGAGGAGGAAGAAGAGGAGAGCUCAGCCAGGGCUACGGGUGCUGAUCCCAGCAGCCUGGCAGAAUAACAACGCGGCAGCAGUGGGCUUGGAGCUUGUUUUGCUGGGGACCAGCUCUCAGCGCUGCUGGUGCACCGGGCUCAGCACCCGGGUCUGGGCACGGGCCGCGCUCUCACAGUACCGAUCCUGGCAGUGCACGGAAAGCGCCGGUGCCUCAGGGUGCGCUGGCAGCAGCGAGCGGGAGCUGUGAGCGGCUGAGAAACUCCGCUGGCUCCCGGGCAUCCGGCCACAGAAGAGCAGCGGCCGCGGGGCCGCGCUGGGGCUGGAGUCGCACCGCGCUCAGUGCCCUGCCCUGGGGCCGGGGCCGCACCGCGCCCAGCGCCCUGCGCUGGGGCUGCAGCGACCGCGGCUCGAGCCCCAGCCACAGCAGCAGCUUUGCCAACAGCCCGGCCUUGGUUUGCUCUUAACCAGCCCUGCAGGACGAGGGUCUCUGCUCCACAGGAACCCACCGGGCCAGGCUGGGGAAGAUUAAAGCCGACCGCAAAUGCUCAUGGGGUGGGGCAGAGCCCAGGGACAACGGUUCCACUGAAGAAGGGUCUCUUCAGGGUCCUCACUGCAGUAACUGGCUUCUCUAAAAGCAUCCAGUGGGGGCACACGCCCCGCUUUGUGGUGGUGCUGGGACAGGACUGAUAGGCCAGGGGAGGGACGGAAGGAAGCCCCGUGUGAGAAACUAUGGACUAGGAUAUUGUUUAUUAAGAUUUAUGUUAAGCUCAAUGUAAAGGUUAGGCAACAAAGAUGUGAAAUUGCUUAUGCAGACAGAAACUCGGACACUGCUUGAGUAAGAUAAGAUAACCACAAUCGCGAGAUAACUGCCAGACUUCCAGGAACCGACAGAAACAGGACAAACAACCCCAGAUAAGGACAUGUGAAUGAGGGGUCAGCUAUGGGAUAAAGGAGAAAGACUUCUUACUUCGGCCUCAACGACCACCAGGAGGUAGAAAACGACCCCCUAACAACAACUGAAGCAUGCGCAGAGUACCUCCACUACUUCAUGAACACGGAAGUAAAGAUGUAUAAAAAGGGACUGUUUGAACUGCUCAGCACGGCAGUGGCGGAGCGCAGACUCCCCUGUCGUCCAGCGCUGUUUUUGCUCAUAUUCUACUUGCUAUAAUUAAUAAAAUUUUAAUUGGAUUAUGAUCCGUUGUGGUCACAAUUUAUGACAAUUUCUGGUGCCGUGACUCGGAUAAGGAACGGUGGGCUUUGGUCCUCCGGGGAGGCGCCCCGCGACAUUUCGCGGCCCCGCGACCAACAGCUCACUCCAACCUUACCGACGAACCUAAAUUCUAGGAUAUUGAGCAAAAAAAGGACCGGUAAAAUCCCAUAAAAUUCUGUGCACGGGAGUCCGGACGAAGACGCAGGACGCAAACAGCUGUCCGAACUGCUGAGCGUGGAUGGACUCAUGCCAGUCGCAUUAAAGGCCCAGUGACGAGACCCCACUGGAAAGUAAUCAGUACUCCAGGUGACACCAAGAUAACCCUGAAAAGAUAACGUAAUGAUAAAGACUUUAUUCGAUUAUUUUACCGCAUUACCUCUCGGUAUAAAGUGUGUAUUGCUGUUUAUAUUUGCUAUAAUUAUUUCUCUUUUUUUCUAUUAUAUAUGGAAGCGUACAAAGUGUGUUGAAGGAAAUUGCUAAACUUAUGCAACCUCACAAUAUUAAAUAUAGAAGAUAUGUUGAUGUAAAUAAUAUAUGCACUCUAGAUAUAUGAAUUAGGUGUAAUGAUUUGAACUGCAAUUGUUAUCCAUUUGCUUGUUUUAGGUGUAAGGUAUGCCAGGAUAAAUGGUAGACACAUUGUGAAUGUGGAUACCCUCCAAUAGGAGUUUGCACACAGUGUUGGAAAAUCCAAAGAACUCUCACUGAGUGGAAAUUAAAACAAUUAGAGUCUAAACAAAAAAAUUAUUCGGGAAUCCCAUGAGUGGUGGGAAAUUUUUGCCAAAGGAAUAAACCCUCGAUAUUAUUGCUACCACUCCAACGAACCAGUCCCCUUUGUAGCUGAAAUUUUGGUUAUAAAAUGCAGAAGGGAAGUACUGACCGUGUCUUACUUUACCCCAUUAGUUAAAGCUGCAAAGUGGGAAGCCUAUAUAAACAGGCAGAAAGCCCGAAACAGCUGUUCUCCUGAAGAAUUCCCUUGCUGCCGAGAAGAUGGUACACCCCGUGGCUCGAAGCAACCGAGUCGACGGGCGAGGCAGAGGAGGAACAAACUGUGGAGAAAAGAACCAGAACGAUGGGACACAAAAGCAGCAAUGGCCGAACUUCCCCAGGACUGAUAAAAAUAUACUUAAAUUGACAAAAUUGACAGACACCCUUUUUCCUGGUAUACCGUUAGUUUUGUUAUUGAUAAUAACCCAAGCAAAUGGAAACCCUCAUGAACCUAUGAAAUGGACGAUUGGUCGAUGGGAGGACCAAACAGUAAUUGGCAUUAAUGUCACUGCCGGAGCCCCCACAUUCCGAGCAGCGCUGUGCCAACUAGCACCUAUAGAACCAUGCUUAAAUCUGAAAGGAUAUUAUUUGUGUCCUGCUUCCAACCCAGGCAAAGGGUAUUGCAACUAUCCAAACGAGUAUUAUUGUGCGUCCUGGGACUGUGUAACCCUCGCUGCGGCAUGGCAGCCGGGUAGGUCAGACCCUUUCCUCAAGACUCAGUGGGGUCCUGAGGGAUGUACACCUCCUCGAUAUGAUUCCUCGGGAGGUAUCAUAAGUCCAGGAAAUUGUGCUCAUAUAAUUCUUACAAUAUUGCAACCGGACGAUUUUGGGUGGAUAACAGGAAGAACAUGGGGAAUUAGAUAUUGGGAACCAGGUGUAGA